CUACUGAAUAGGAAACCAGUCCGUUAUUUUUCCUUUAAAUCGAGUAUCACAAGGAUACCAACAGGAACACAGAGCGCUGGAGCUAGCUGCUAAAGUUAACCAUUCCGUAGUCCUUUCUCGACCGACGCAGCAUCAACAGAGUCUACAAUCAAAUUUCUCAAAAUGAGUGCUGCUGCAUCCCAAAAAGUGGUCCUGAAAAGCACCACCAAAGUGUCUCUCAAUGAGCGCUUCACUAACAUGCUGAAGAACAAGCAGCCCACUGCGGUAAGCAUUCGAGCCACCAUGCAACAGCAGCAUUUGGCUAGUGCCCGCAAUCGCCGGUUGGCCCAGCAGAUGGAGAACCGCCCCUCAGUCCAAGCAGCUCUAAAUCAUAAGCAGAGCCUAAAGCAACGCCUGGGUAAGGGUAGCAUCCAAGCCAGACUGGGCCGGCCCGUCGGAGUUCUACUGCGUGGAGGACCUGCUGGGAGCAGAGGUGGCAUGCGGGGAAUGUCCAGAGGAGGAUUUAGAGGAGUCCGAGGAGGAAUAAUUCGUGGAGCUUUGUCCCUGAGGGGAAAGCGAAUGCCUGCAGGAGGCCCCAUGCGAGGCCGGGGCAUGGCUAACCGCCUGCCAAUGCGUAGAGGAGGCCGCUACCGCGGGGGAGCUGCUGGAAGGGGAGGAGUAAUGUCAAGAGGAGGAGGUCGAGGAGGAGUAGCCAGAGGCCGUGGCGGACUUCGUGGACGUGGUGGCUUCGCUGGUCGAGGAGGGCGUGGUCGUGGGCGGGGUAGAGGAAGUGGUCGACCACCUGUAACCCGUGAACAGCUUGACAACCAACUGGAUGCCUAUAUGUCAAAGACCAAAGGUCACUUGGAUGCAGAGCUGGAUGCCUACAUGGCCCAGGCAGACCCAGACAGCAUGGAGUGAAGGACUGAACAUAAACUGUGAAGCUGAAGAAGGGGUAAAGCUUAGUGUUAGAUGGAUCAGCUGGCAAAAGAAACAGUGUCACCUGACCAACAUUAAACUCUGCAGCAGCUGCCUGUUGAAAGAACCUUUUCAUUGUGAAAUAGUACUGUCUACAGACCUUGAUUCAUCAUUGGUAGCAUUUUUUUCUAUUUAGUCAAAACUGUUUAAAACUUGUAAAGUUACUGGUCUGUGAUCCAGCAGAUAUCUCCCAUCCACACAUCCUCCACAAACUCCACCCCCAACCCUAGCCCCAGGAAAACCAAUUUCUAAUUAUUUUUAAAAUAAUUUUUAUGUUUUUUGCUCAAACCUUUGGAGUAAGGUCAUUUACUUAUCUUAACACAUUGGAAAAUAUUCUUUAAAUUAUGCAUUUGUGUGUAAGCACAGUUUUAAAAAGGUUUUUUUUUUUUUUUCAUUUUAUGUUUGAAAAUUUAUAUUCUGGAGCAUUCAUAUUCCCUGAAGCAGAAUGUUUGUUUUAAAAUAAAAACUGUUUCUUUA